AUGAACCUUAUUCUAAUAUGCUUUUACUACCUUUUUUUUUUAAAUUCAAAAAUAAAAGAUUUCUGUUUUUGUUCUUCAACAAAGAACAACAAAUUUAGCAAUUUAUGGUUAAAGUUAAAAGAAUUAUUUCAAGAUAAGUUAGUAGAAAAAGAAAAGAAUAUUAUAACUUAUAAUUUUAUAAUACACAAUAAUAGCAAUUACAUUGAUAAAAAAAAUAAUAUUUUAAUAAAAAAGAAUGAAGAACAUAAAGGUUUUGAGAUAAAUCAUGUAAAUAGAUUAAUAUAUAUUAAUAAUUUCAAAACAUAUAUAUUGAGUGCUUAUGUGCCGUAUAUAUAUAUGAGUGUUAGAGAUAUAUAUAUUGUUUUAAAAAAAAUUAAGGAAUUAAAUUUUAACACAGUGUACACUUUUUUAUUUUGGCCAGAAAAUGAGUAUUUAGAAGAUAAAUAUGAUACUAGUAAUUCAAAACUAUUUUAUUUAUUAAAUUUUUGUGCUUCUAAUGGAUUAUUUGUUAUAUUGAAUAUUGGACCAUAUAUAAAUAAUAUUUACAAUUCUAACAUUCCUACUUACAUUUUGUUUAAUAAAAAAGUAAAUGAUUAUAUUAAUUUAAAUAAGAGAAAAAUAAGAAACUAUUUUCAAUGGAAUAUAUGGAGAAAAAAAAAAAAACCAUUUAUAAAGGAUUCCAAAAAAUUACAAAGAAGUGUUAUAGAAAAAGAAAUUAAUCAAAAGAAAAAUUUGUAUAACAAAAAAAAAAAUGAAUAUAAUAAAAUAUAUAGUUUAUACUUUUAUAAAAGGGCUAUUAAAUGGUUUAAUUAUAUUUUACCACGUAUAAAAAAAUAUACCAAUAUAAAUAAUGGCCCUAUAAUAUAUUUAAAUAUAGAUAAGACAUUUGAUAAUUAUUAUAUGUAUAUAAUAAUUGAAUUAAAAAGAAAAAGAUAUUUUAAUAACUUAUGCAAAAUAGAAAGUUAUUUGGAAAAUAAUAAUUCAUCUAAUUCUAUCUUAAGUUGUAUAAUAAACUUUUUAAGAAGAAUAAGAAGAAGUUAUAUAAUAACUUUAGGCUACUUAUUAUACAUCAGAUUUAAUAAAUAUUUAAGAGUUAUUAAUGAAUAUGAGCUUGGAUUAAUAUAUAUAAAUGAAAUAAAUAAACUCAUUCAAAAACAUUUAAAUAAAAUAAAUAUAUUAACAACGAAUUAUCCAUUCAUUAGUGAUAAAUUUAUAAAUUCUUAUGCCGGUAAUAAUUGCUACAAUCACUUUUUGCAUAAUAAUUGGUUCGAUAAUGAAUGCAUUAAAUUAAAUAAACCAUGUAUAUGGUCUCAAAUGUGGACAGGAGCUAAAUAUAGUAUUCAUGAUAUUAACUCUCCUAAUAUUUUGAAAAGAAAAUUUGAGGAACAUAUUAUUUAUAAAUCUCCUCUUAUAGAUAAUACAGAAAAAGAAAAUAACUCAUCAAAUUUGUCAGAAAAUAUAGAUGCAAUAAAUAAAUAUUUUAAAGGAAAGAAUAAUUCCGAAAAAGAAAAUCUUAGUAAAAAUGACCAAUAUAUAAUACAUAACAAAGAUACAAAAAAGCAUUCUAAAAAAAUUUCUAAUAAUAACAAAGAAGAAAAAGAAAGAAAAGAAAAAAAAAAUGAAAUAAAAGAAAUAAGUAUAAGUGUAAAAAAAGAACAUACAAAAUAUAAUAAUUAUAUAGGACAUAUAAGAAAUUAUAAGGAUUUAACUUUCAAUAUUUUAGUAUUUUUAGCAAAAGGAGGUGUUUUUUUAAAUAUUUUUCCUUAUUAUAGUGGAAAUAAUAUAAAUAACAUGCAUAUAUAUUUAGAGCAUUAUAGCAAAGAAACUGGACAACCUAUAGAUCUAUAUUUUAAUCAGAAAGAACCUUUAUAUUCUCAUAUAAAAAAAAUUUUUAAAAUUUUAAAAAAAUAUGGUUAUUAUUUAAUGAAAGAUGGAAAUUAUAUUAAUCCUAUAAAAAUAUUUAAAAAUAUAGAAUUAUAUGAUUACGAUGUUAUUAAAAUUAUUUGCAACUACAAUAUUAAAGGAAGUAGAUUUGUUAAAAUAGGUCAUUUAAAAUAUAAUAUAAAUAACUUUAGCUGUAUUAUAUAUAAUGAAUAUAAAAAGAAAAUAAUUUAUGAUUCUUCUCAUAAUUAUAAUUAUGAUUUUUCUUAUAUAAGUAAAAAAGAAACAUAUUAUCCUAUUGAUAAAUAUUUAUAUUCAUUAGAUGUAAUAAAUUCUGGACCCUUAAUGUGUUUAAAAGAAGAAGAAAAAGAAAAAAAAAAAAGAUAUAGAAAGAACACUAUAUUGUCUAAAACUAUUAUUAAACAUAUGAAACUGUUUUCUUAUUUUCACCCAUACUUUUUGCAUUCUGUAUAUAUAAUAAAUGUUUUAAAUCAUUAUUAUUUAACAUUAGAUUUCACUAAAUUUCAAUGGUACAUAAUUAAAAUGAAAAAUGAUAUUAAUUAUGUAAAAUUAUUUGUAAGUAAUUAUAGCUUAUAUAUAUAUAUUUAUGCCGAUAACAAAUUUAUAUAUGGAGGAUUUAAUGAGUAUAAAUAUAUUGAAAUAAUAAAUUCUAAAAAUAUUUAUAUUAUAUGUGUAAAUUUGGGUUUAGGUUUACCCAAAGAAGAUAUUAGAACAGAUUUUUUCAAUAAUGUAAAGAUAAAAGACUUAAAAAAUAAUCACAUUUUUGAAGAAGGAGUGAAGAAUGAUACACAAGCUGAAACAAAUCUGAAAUCAAGUGAGAAAAGUAAUUACAUGAACUUAAAUAAGGAAGAAAAUUCUCAAAAUAAUGAUGGAAAUAUAGAUUGCAAUAAAAGUAAAACAUUAAAAGAACAAAAUUUAAAUAAUAAAAAUGAACAAAAUAAGGAUACACAUAUUUUGGAAAAUUUUGGGUAUCAUAUAAAUGAUAGUGAAAAACAUUUCAAUGAGAAAAAUUAUGAUGCUUUUGGUGAAAAUGAAUAUAAUAUGCAUAAUUAUUAUGAUGAAGAAAGUAUUAAUACAUUUAUAUUUAUCAUUACAAGAAAUGAAUAUAAUUUACAUAAUUGUGUUGGUUUAAAUGGAGAAAUAUUAAAAAAUGAAAAAAAUAUAAAUGAAUAUAAAAAAAUGUACAAUUUUUUUGAGUAUAAUUCUAUAAAACCACAUGUAAUGAAUUGGAUUUAUAGUUCUUCGGUAGAUGAUAAUCUAAAAAAAAAUGUUUCCUAUAAUAAUAACAAAAAAUUAAAAACAACAAAGAAAGAUGAUAAUAAUGAAAAUGACAAAAUAAAAAAUUAUGACAAUAAAGAUUCAGACCAUAAAAAAAUGAAUAUUGAAACAGUAGUACAUAAAAAUAAAAUUGAAAUGAGGAAUAUAACAGAUGCAUUUUUAAAAAUGUGUACAUCGAAAUUUUUUUCUUUUUUUCUUAACAAAAUACAAUAUUACUGUAAAACUGGUAUAUUCAAAUAUUUAAAUGGAUUUAAUAAAGUUAAUAAAGAAAACAUAAAUUUGCCAUUAACUUGGUAUACUUUAUUGUACUUUAUUAAGAAGGUAGAUUUUAUUAGAUCUAAGUAUUCUUUAAAGUUAUCUUCAUAUGAUGUGGAAAAUAAUAAAAUUGAUGGAUUAUUUAGAGGGUUUGUUUACAUCAAUAAUCAUAUUUUGGGAAGUUUUUGGACUACAGAUGAUAUUGAAAGUUAUGGAAAUGAAAUUAAUGGAGAAAAAAAAUCAAAAACUAAAAAAAACGAAAAAGAUAAAUUUUUAAAUAAUGAAAAUUUAAUAAAUAUACCUUUGACGAGAUAUAUGAGAAUACCAACAGAUUGGUUAGUUGAAGGAACAAAUGUUGUAAUAAUUUUUGAUGAAUAUGGAGGAAACCCUUAUAAAGUUGAAAUAGUUAGAGAAAUAUUACAUGGUGGUAUAUAUAGACUAACAAAAAAAGAAAAAUACGUAAAUUGGUUUCUUUUUCUUUUUAUUUUAAGUAUUGUUAUUUUUAUUACAUAUUUUUUUUUUAAAGCUUUACAUAAUUAUUUUAAAACGAAAGAAGAGAAGGAGAGGAAUAAACAAAAUUAUCAAAAUAUAAUAGAAAAUAUCAUAACACAUAAUAUGUGUAUAAAUAGUUCAUAUGAUGAUGUUACUGAAGAAACUAAUACUGAAAAUAUUCAAAAUGUUAGUGAUUUUCUAGAUUCAUAA